AGCAAUAUGAGAAAGUGUACAGUGAUCUUUGGCGCUCUGCUGGCGACCAUCCUCCUGGCCAGCCUUCCAAUGGGCCAGGCUGUAACCUGUGCCGCUGAUCCUUCAGACGCGGCCUGUAUCGACUGCACGGAUACUGCAAAUGCAUCCAAUGCCGAGUGUGCUGCCGCCACCACCACCCCAGCUGCUACUGACGCAGCCACCACUCCAGCUGCCGCUGAAGAAGCCACCACUGCUGCCACUGCAACGGGUGACAGCACCACAGCAGCCAGUGGAACCGAUUCCACUACGGCCUCAUCCGGAACGACUGGAAGGAGGAAGACGAAGAGGAAGUCCAAGACUGUCCGCAAGUUGCCAAAGGUGAUCACAAGGAGGAGGCGCAACAGGAAUAGGAAUAGGAACAGCAACACCAACACCAACAGAAACAGCAACAGGAGGAGGAACACUUCUGGUUAA